UUUCUGCUCUUUGUGUGGGGUGGAUUAGCACAGGGCUGGUACGGGGCGAAACUGGAGCAUCAGUCGGAACAGAAGACGGGGAAAAAAUACGCUCACGGUCAACAACAACAACACACAAAAAAAAAAAACCCUCGGAUAGGCCGUCGCAGACCGCGACACCGUCCGCCCGCCGCUUCUCCGCCGGACGGACAUGUAAUUUGCAGACCGUGGUGUUGUUUCAUUGACGCCGCGUAACCAUGACGACCCAUGUGACCUUGGAGGAUGCUCUGUCCAACGUGGACCUGCUGGAGGAGCUGCCGCUGCCGGACCAGCAGCCGUGCAUCGAGCCCCCUCCUUCCUCCAUCAUGUACCAGGCCAACUUUGACACCAAUUUUGAAGACCGGAAUGCAUUUGUGACCGGUAUUGCCCGCUACAUAGAGCAAGCCACAGUCCACUCAAGCAUGAAUGAGAUGCUGGAGGAAGGACAUGAGUACGCUGUGAUGCUUUACACGUGGAGAAGCUGCUCCAGGGCCAUUCCCCAGGUGAAAUGCAACGAGCAGCCCAACAGGGUGGAGAUCUACGAGAAAACUGUGGAAGUGUUGGAGCCUGAGGUCACCAAGCUCAUGAAGUUCAUGUACUUCCAGCGGAAAGCGAUAGAGCGCUUCUGUAGUGAAGUGAAGCGCCUGUGCCACGCCGAGAGGAGGAAAGAUUUCGUCUCGGAGGCCUACCUGCUCACGCUGGGCAAAUUCAUUAACAUGUUUGCAGUGCUGGAUGAACUCAAGAACAUGAAGUGUAGCGUCAAGAAUGACCACUCUGCCUACAAACGGGCAGCUCAGUUUCUAAGGAAGAUGGCCGAUCCCCAGUCCAUUCAGGAGUCUCAAAAUCUCUCCAUGUUUUUGGCCAACCACAACAGGAUCACUCAGUGCCUGCACCAACAGCUGGAGGUGAUUCCAGGCUACGAGGAACUCCUGGCAGAUAUUGUCAACAUCUGCGUUGACUAUUACGAGAACAAAAUGUAUCUGACACCCAGCGAGAAACACAUGCUGCUUAAGGUUAUGGGCUUUGGUCUGUACCUGAUGGAUGGGAAUGUGAGUAAUAUCUACAAACUAGAUGCCAAAAAGAGGAUCAACCUGAGCAAGAUUGACAAGUUCUUCAAACUUCAAGUGGUGCCUCUUUUUGGAGACAUGCAGAUCGAGUUGUCACGCUACAUUGAGACAAGUGCUCAUUAUGAGGAAAACAAGUCCAAGUGGACGUGCACCCAGAGCAGCAUCUCGCCGCAGUACAACCUGUGCGAGCAGAUGGUGCAGAUCAGAGACGACCACAUUCGCUUCAUCUCGGAGCUGGCGCGCUACAGCAACAGCGAGGUGGUGACCGGCUCUGGCCUGGACAGCCAGAAGUCGGACGAGGAGUACAGGGAGCUGUUUGACCUGUCCCUGAGGGGUCUGCAGCUGCUGUCCAAGUGGAGCACGCACGUCAUGGAGGUGUACUCGUGGAAACUGGUGCAUCCCACAGAUAAAUUCUGUAAUAAGGACUGCCCAGGAACAGCAGAGGAGUACGAGCGCGCCACCCGUUACAAUUACACCAGUGAGGAGAAAUUUGCCCUGGUGGAAGUCAUCGCUAUGAUUAAGGGGCUGCAGGUUCUGAUGGGUCGAAUGGAGUCGGUGUUCAAUCAGGCCAUCAGGAAUACAAUCUAUGCAGCUCUGCAGGACUUUGCCCAGAUGACCCUCAGAGAACCCCUGCGCCAGGCCGUGCGCAAGAAGAAGAAUGUGCUCAUCAGCGUUCUCCAGGCAAUUCGGAAGACCGUCUGCGACUGGGAGGGAGCAAGAGAGCCUCCUAAUGACCCAUGCCUGAGGGGAGAAAAAGACCCGAAAGGAGGUUUUGAUAUAAAGGUGCCUCGUAGAGCAGUAGGACCCUCCAGCACACAGCUGUACAUGGUGCGCACCAUGCUGGAAUCACUGAUCGCAGAUAAAAGCGGAUCGAAGAAGACUCUUCGCAGCAGCCUUGAUGGACCCAUAGUGCAGGCCAUCGAAGACUUCCACAAGCAGUCCUUCUUCUUCACACACCUUCUCAACUUCAGCGAGGCCCUGCAGCAAUGCUGCGACCUCUCCCAGCUUUGGUUCAGGGAGUUCUUCCUGGAGCUGACCAUGGGCCGCAGAAUCCAGUUCCCCAUUGAGAUGUCCAUGCCCUGGAUCCUCACUGACCACAUCCUGGAGACCAAGGAGCCUUCCAUGAUGGAAUAUGUGCUGUAUCCUCUAGACUUGUAUAACGACAGUGCCUACUAUGCUCUCACUAAAUUCAAGAAACAGUUCCUAUAUGAUGAAAUUGAGGCUGAGGUAAAUCUUUGCUUUGAUCAAUUCGUCUACAAGCUGGCUGACCAGAUAUUUGCCUAUUACAAAGCAAUGGCUGGAAGUGUCCUCCUGGACAAACGCUUCAGAGCGGAGUGUAAAAACUACGGCGUCAUCAUCCCUUACCCUCCGUCGAACCGCUACGAGACGCUGCUCAAACAGAGACACGUACAGCUGCUGGGUCGCUCAAUAGACCUGAACCGUCUGAUCACCCAGAGAAUCUCGGCAGCGAUGUACAAAUCCCUGGACCAUGCCAUCAGCCGCUUUGAGAGCGAGGACCUCACGUCCAUAGUGGAGUUGGAGUGGCUCCUUGAGAUCAACAGGCUAACCCACCGGCUGCUGUCCAAGCACAUGACACUGGACAGCUUCGACGCCAUGUUCCGCGAGGCCAACCACAACGUCUCGGCGCCCUACGGCCGGAUCACUCUGCACGUCUUCUGGGAGCUCAACUUUGACUUUCUACCCAACUACUGUUACAACGGGUCGACAAAUCGCUUUGUGCGCACAGCUAUUCCCUUCACCCAGGAGCCUCAGAGAGACAAGCCAGCCAACGUUCAGCCUUACUACCUGUAUGGAUCCAAGCCUCUGAACAUUGCCUACUCCCACAUAUACAGCUCCUACAGAAACUUUGUUGGCCCGCCUCACUUCAAGACCAUCUGCCGCCUGCUUGGUUACCAAGGCAUCGCUGUAGUGAUGGAGGAGCUGCUUAAGAUUGUCAAGAGUCUGUUGCAGGGCACCAUACUGCAGUAUGUAAAAACUCUGAUAGAGGUCAUGCCCAAGAUCUGCCGCCUACCACGCCACGAGUAUGGAUCCCCAGGAAUCCUGGAGUUCUUCCACCACCAGCUAAAGGAUAUCAUAGAGUAUGCAGAGCUGAAGACAGAUGUCUUCCAGAGCUUAAGGGAGGUGGGAAACGCCAUCCUCUUCUGCCUGCUCAUCGAACAAGCCCUGGUAUCCCAGGAGGAAGUAUGCGACCUGCUUCACGCUGCCCCCUUCCAGAACAUUCUUCCCAGAGUCUACAUUAAAGAGGGAGAGCGCCUGGAGGUGAGGAUGAAGAGGCUGGAAGCCAAGUAUGCCCCUCUCCACCUUGUGCCUCUGAUCGAGAGGCUGGGAACCCCACAGCAAAUCGCCAUUGCACGGGAAGGGGACCUGCUGACCAAAGAGCGGCUGUGCUGCGGCCUUUCCAUGUUCGAGGUCAUCCUGACGCGCAUCCGCAGCUUCCUGCAGGACGCGGUGUGGCGCGGGCCGCCGCCGACCAACGGCGUGAUGCACGUGGACGAGUGCAUGGAGUUCCACCGGCUGUGGAGCGCCAUGCAGUUUGUCUACUGCAUCCCCGUGGGGACGCACGAGUUCACAGCAGAGCAGUGCUUCGGGGACGGGCUGAACUGGGCCGGCUGCGCCAUCAUCGUGCUGCUUGGACAGCAGCGUCGCUUUGACCUCUUUGACUUCUGCUACCACCUGCUCAAAGUCCAAAGGCAGGACGGCAAGGACGAGAUCAUCAAGAAUGUGCCACUGAAGAAGAUGGCAGACCGCAUCAGGAAGUACCAGAUCCUCAACAAUGAGAUAUUUGCCAUCCUCAACAAGUACAUGAAGGCAGUGGAGACAGACAGUUCCACUGUGGAGCACGUUCGCUGUUUCCAGCCACCUAUACACCAGUCCCUGGCCACCACUUGUUGAAAAAGAAGCCUUGACAGAUAGCACACACACACACACACACACACACACUCUCUAAACCACCCAUUAACCGUGUUGUUUAUUUCUGCCGCUGUUUGGUCUUUAAGAGGCACCUGUCACUUCAACGGCCCUGUGCCAUUUUAUAGAUUCCAACAGAUCGCCUCAAAACUCAUCCUUUUAUUUCGAAUGGUACCAUCUUUGGAUUCUUCAAAGAAGUUAACCAGACCAGAUGUGGAGAUGUACAUUCACGCCUUUUCCUUUCUUUUCUUUUUCCUUUUACUCUCUGAGUGGCUAUCGCUCAGACUCAUGCAUGCCUUCUCUUAUUCCUUCAGCUGCUCACUUGUGCAUUGGAACACCAACAAAAAUGCCUACCAAAAGAAUCCCUGUUUGAAAAACCUGAAAUUACAGCCAUUCAGAGGAAAGGAAGUCAGCCUAGUCAAUGGAGAGCUGAGACAAAAAGUACUAACUAAUGCAGUGUCUGAUUAUCUGAAGACCUUUGGGUGCUGUACAGCUGUAUGUAUCUGUACGCCGCGUGCUCUUCGUGUCCUUUUUUGACAAAACCUCAUCUCAGUCUUUACAAGUAUUUGUAUAAUGAUCCAGUACGCCCACAUCCUAAUGUAUUUGGCUGCUUAUUCAUUUACAAUUUCCCAUUACUGGAUUGCUUUUAGAAGCAUGGAAGCGGUUCGCAUUUUUAAAAAAAGAUUUUGCUUUGAUUUAUCUUAACGGCCUUGCGUUGUUUUCUUGCCUCCUGACAACGUUCAUUUGAUACCAGUUCCUCUGUAAAAUUUCACUGUUGAACAAAGUGAAGUGUCGAGUGUCGUAGUUGUUCUUGUUUUUAAUUAAGACCAUUCUUAGUUUUACACAUUCUUGGUAUACUUGCCUCUCUGCUGUUUACUGGAAACCUCAACAGUUUGUUCCACUUCCUCUGUCUGUUGCAAUGAUUUUUUAUAUAAUGUACACAAACAGUGAUAUUAUUUACAAAUUUUCAAAGUACAUAUUCACCUGAAUAGAUGUGUGAUCUUUUUUGUUUUUUUUAAGUCAAAAUACAGAAGAAAAAAAAUAAGAUUAGAAAAGAAAUACCUCUUGGUUGUGUAAAGAUUGUCUUGUACUGGACAUACCUGGUUUGAGUGUGAGUGGAUGAGCAGACUUAUGAGACAGCCCUCACUUGCAAUGAAGAAAAAUAUAUAAUAACAUAAUGAAUUAAAGGGCAGUUUCCUAAAGAUAGUCAGUAUUUACUAUUGUUGCACUUUUGGUUUAGAUAUAGCAAUGUUUUUCAUAUAUUAAACAUUCCUCUUUUAUUUUUUGAUUUGAAGAAACUAAUGAAUUACAAACUAAGAUAGUCCCUCCUCAACAGCCCUGCGAUCAAUUUCUGCUUUGUUUUAAAUGAGGAAACUUUCUUUUGUAAAUCCAGUGUCUUUUAAUCCUAUUUAUUCAACUCCAAUUUAUUGUUCAUUUAAAGGUUAAUCUAGUAAAAAUGAAGGUACCAAUGUAUCAUCUUGAAACCUUAGCAUGGCAGAUGUAAUUUAUUGUCAUCAGUGGCUCCAUUUGUGACAUGAGGCUUUGUUUAUGAUAUUGUUGUACAAGUGAUGAUGUUUUCAAGUACAGAAAAAAAUGGAUAAAAGAAUAUAAAAUGUACAACAAUGGUCCUGCGAAGGAUUUGAAAUUAUGUUGUAUUUCCAUGAAAUAAAGAAAAAAAAGUUUGAGCAAACUAUAUGGAGUACAAAUGUAUAAUAUGAGUAUGAGGUUAACCUUUGAGUUGAGCAUUAAAAUCUUUUCAGAC